CCAGAAGCCUUUUCCGCCCGAGCAUCGGCGUUUGUGCAGACUAUGAGUAAGUAACGUGCCCAGGCGGAAUCGUCAGGGCUCGAGCCGACAGUUGUGCAAUACGACGCUAAUUAUAGCAGCCAGUUCAGCAUGGCUGAGAAGGAGUCUCUGCAUGCCGCCAGAAAGCGCACGAGAGUUGCCACGAGGUGAGGUUGCGAGACCACAGCUUUCGGUGAGGAGCAAUGUUGUCGACUUCCGGAAGAGACGAUGAGUGCAACGUCGCCUGGCCGAUUCGUAUCAUGUCGGAGAGCAGACUUGAAAUGCAGAGAGUCUUCUCGCAUCCCGCUCCCCUCGCAGAUGGAGCUGAAGCUGAAGCUGCACAUGUUGCAAAACAGCAAGAACAGGAUCCGAGGUGGUGCAGCUCGUCUCGCAUUCGGCUCCACAACAGCAAUCCUUCGCCAAGACGACAGCAACCUCCAAAACGAGACCGCCUCGCCCUCUUUCCUGCCAACAAACCACCAACAACCACAAAAAUGUCUUCCGAAGAACCCCUCAUCACAUUCUACGACAUCGCCUCCGCUCCACCCUCCCGCACCUUCGCCGCAAACCCGUGGAAAAUCCGCUUGGCCCUCAACUACAAAGGCGUCCCCUACAAAACCCAAUGGGUUCAAAUGCCCGACAUUGCCUCCGUGCGUGAGAAGCUCGGCGUACCAGCCAAUCGCACCAACGCCGACGGCACUCCCUACCACACCUUGCCAGUAAUCGAAGACAAAUCCACCGGCAAACUCAUCGGCGACACAUUCGAAAUCGCACAAUAUCUGGACAUCACCUACCCCUCCAGAGAAGGCAAGAACCUCUUUCGUCCAGACACCAUCGGCCUCGUGGCAGCUCACAACGCCCACAUCGAUGGAAUCUUCACCAAAUACGCCAUUCUUUGCAGCAAAAUGCCCUUCGACCCCAGCGUAGCCGAAAAAGUAGGCGCAAUGUUCGCCGAGCGCGCAGCGAAAAUGGGGAAAGACAUGUCCAUCACCUCCGAGCAACGCGAAGCCAUGAUCGUUUCCUUCGAAGCAGCAUUGGGUGAGCUCUCAAAAGCGUAUCGUCACGAAGGCGGUACGACGGAUUAUUUUUGGCUUCCGAAGGGUACCAAUGCGGCCCAGAAACAGAGGGGCAGAACUGCCAAGCCGUUCCUCGAUGGCCAGGAUCCUGUGUAUGCGGACUUCAUUAUUGGUGCCUGGCUGAAGAUGUUCGAGGCGAGUAUGCCGGAGGAAGACUGGGCGCACGUGAGGACGUGGCAUGGCGGAUUGUGGGCCAGAGUUGUUGAUGAGCUGAAGCCUUGGGCGGAGAUGAAGUGAUGCAGGCAGCCAGUGGCCAUGAGUUUACGACAGGCAUGAAGGGAACAGGCUCCGAUGGAA